AUGAUAGUUACAACCUAUUACACGAAGCUAAAAAAAUUAUGGGAUGAGUUAGGCUCCUAUAGUAAUGCAACCUGCACUUGUGGAGCUGACAAUAAAAGGCGCAAAUUGAUGCAAUUUCUCAUGGGGUUGAAUGACUCUUAUAGUGCUAUUCGUGGCCAAAUCCUUUUAAUGAAUCCAUUGCCUGAUGUUACACAAGCUUAUUCUUCCAUCAUUCAAGAAGAAAAACAACGACAUUUGAGCACCGCACGUGACACAAUAGAAGCUUCAGCCAUGGCUAUUCAAAACAAUGAACCAAUAGCCCUUGUUGUUCGACGCAAACAAGGCUCUUCUUCUCGUCUUAAUUCAUCUAAUCGAAAGCUGCUGCAUUUUUCUCACUGUGAUAGAGAUUAUCAUACAAAAGACACAUGCUGGAAGUUACAUGGUUAUCCUCCUGAACAUCCAAAACAUGGAGCAACCAAGAAUGCUUACUCUAAGCACAAUGGGAGUAGUCAGUCUUUAGCUAAUAUUGUUACAACAACUCCAAUGAUGCAAUCGAUGCAGUCUACAAUGCAUGGAUUAAUUGACUUGCAACUCCAACAAAUGUUGUCUAUUAUACAGGGUAAUGAAUCAUCUCAAUCAGCUAAUCCUAAGGCUAACAAUGCCAAUUUUUCUUCAGGUUUGUCACCACCCAAACUUAUAAUUGAUAGUGGGGCUACCGAUCACAUUAUUUCUAAACCAACCUUGCUUGUUAAUAGUAAAGAAAACACUUCUUUACCACCAGUUGUUAUGCCAAAUGGUGACAGGCCCCAACUAUCUCUACUGGAUUUGAUGACGAGGACGACAAUUGGUUUGGGUAAACAACAAGGCGGACUCUAUUACUUGGUUGCAAUGACAUCAAACAAGUCACAAACUCCCAUUCAAUCCAUAGCAACUCAUGUCACCAAGUCAUCUCCUCCUUCAAACACUUCUACUACCUUAUGGCAUCGACGACUAGGACAUCUAUCUCCAUAUAGAUUAGACUUCAUGGCUAAAACUUUGUUAAAUCUCUCUUUAGAGUCAAAUAAAACUUGUGAUACUGGGGAGGUUGCCCAGUUUCCCGAAAAUCAACUACAGGUUAUUGUGUUUUUUUGGGAUCUUCCCUUAUCUCUUGGCGAACAAAGAGGCAGAAGACGGUUUCUCUAUCCUCAGCAGAAGCUUAAUAUAGAGCAUUGGCUGAUUCAAGAUGGCUCAGUCGCAACUAAAUAUGUACCUUCAGCUGAACAACUUGCCGAUGUGUUCACCAAACCAUUGGGAAAAGAAAUGUUCUCUAUCAUGAAGCGCAAGUUGGUAGUUCUUGAUAUUCACUCUCCAAAUUGA